AGGCGCCGUUUCAACUUCUCUGCUACUCUGCUACGCCUUUCACCACAACUCACCACAGCUCCUCCAUCACGGCGUGAUUCACAUGGAGACCCAAAAGGAGUUCGAGAUCGACUUUGGCAAUCUCAUGGCCUUCAAUCCUCACCACCACUUUCCCUCCCUACCCUCCUCCAGGGAGGAUUUAGUGAAGGAAUGUCUAGAGAAGGGCACUGAACUAGUUCAAGCCAUUGCAAAUAAACUGUUCAACUUACCUUCAACUGAAGACGUAGAUGGUCCCCUGGUCAAGUUGCCUCCACCAACAACAAGACUGCCCAGAGAGAAGCCACUUCCAAAACCUAAACCUCCUACAAAAUGGGAACUGUUUGCCAAAGCAAGAGGUAUAAAGAAUCGUAAGAAAGACAAGACAGAAUAUGAUGAGCAAACUGGUACUUGGAAGCGUCGUUACGGAUAUGAUCGGGCAAAUGAUGAGGAAAAUAUACCUAUAAUUGAGGCCAAGAUGACUGAUGUGCCAGGGGAGGACCCUUUUGCUAAAAGACGAACAGAUAAGAAGAAUCGUGUUGAAAAGCAAGAGAAAAAUCGGAUGCAGAACUUGAAACAAGCAGCAAAAGUUGGUGCUUUACCAAGCCACGUCCAACUAGCUGCCACAGCUUUGCCCAUAACAGGAACGCAGGCUGCACCCAAGAAAGUCACCAAGGAUGAGCUUGGGAAUGUAGCUGGACUAGCAGCAAGUGCGACAGCCAGUGGUGGGAAAUUUGACAAGAAGUUGCCAGGAGAAAAGCCUGCACAACAUAAAGGGAAAUAUCGCAAGUUCCUACCUGUCGUGGAAGGAAAAGGGAUAGGCUCACAAGAGAGGGAGCAAACCGAGAAAGUUCUGAACAAGCUAAUCUCUAAGAAUUCCCAGGAGAUAUUCAACGUUGAUAAGGCGGUCAGCAUGUACAAUGUGAAAAAAGAGAAGAAGCAAAAGUACCAGAAAGAUAAGUCUUCACCAACCUCAAGCAAGUUGAAACCGAAGACGAAACCUUUUAAGAAGGGAUCUUCAUCCUCAAAGAAGGGAUCUUCUUACUCGAAGAAGGAAUCUUCAUUCUCGAAGAAAGGAUCUUCAUUCUCGAAGAAAGGAUCUUCAUCCUCAAACAGGGGAUCUUUCAAGAAAGCAAAGGCAAAAUGAGAGUAGGUGAUUGUAACUCUGGAGAGCUUGUAGAGUUUUGGGUCAGAUACGAGGAUCCAGUGGAGCCUGAGGUUGAAGUAAGGAGUCAUUUUUGCUUCCUGGAAGAAUCUGAUGAACUGAAUAUUUUUGGUUUUUGGUUUUGGAUUUGUAAUGAUUUGGAUUUGGUCAUUUGGUUAUGUGGCUAUUUGUUUGUGUUUUGUAUUUGUGUUUUUUUUAAUAAAUAUUUUGGACUUGUAUUUUUUUUAAUAAAUAUUUUGGAUUUUUA